GACUCACCCGCGGCACCAGGUCUCGUACGUCAGUUGGGUUUGAGUGGCAUCGCGAACGGUGCGACGACCGCCAGUUUUUGCUCGAAUUCAUCUUCAGUUUCCGGGACAGCAGCUGGAGGAGUUUCUUCCGGUUUGACGGUCGUUCUACCACCAUCGUCUCGAUUUUCGACGUCAUCGUUAUUGCACUCGUUGCAAACACCAGCCGCAUCAUCGUCGACGUCGACGUUCACGUCUUCAGCUCAGCGACCGACUGCUGCAGCAAAUCGCUACGCGACAGCAUCACACCUACCGCAUUUUGAU